UCAUCGACUGCGUCACCCUCUGAAGUUCUGCAUAGCAGAAAUGAUAAAAGUUCCUUUCCAAUUGAUUUCAGGGGUGGGGCCAGAGGGGAAAAAGAGUUUUCUUUUUCUUUUUUUGAAGGAAUAAGCAGAGAGAGAGAGAGAAAGAGGGAGAGAGGUUGGCAGAACAUUCUUUCUGCACAGAACAGAGGAACCAGCCAGGGACAGCAAGCUAGAUCUGUGAAUUAGAAAGAAAUAAUAACUUCUCUUCCAAACCACAUCCAUGGAAUUAUUUUGGUUCAGCUUCUCCUUGUCUUUGAUGGUAGCUCACGUCGCCGGCCUUGAAUGCUACGCUUGUGAUGGCGACAGCGACUGCCAGGAAACGGAGAUCUGCGAAGAUUACCAAGAGCAAUGCAGCACCACCAUAAUGACUAUACUGGCCCGAUCUAAGAUCUCCAGUUACAUCCUGAAGGGCUGUGACGUGGGUGGGAAGCCAAACAGCUCCAUCUCCCACCUCUCUGGCAACCAGGUCGUGUUCUUGGCAGAGGAGCACUGCGGGACUGACCUCUGCAACCAGGGGGUGCUAAACGUCGUGGAUAUGCUCACUGCUCGGGGUCGCCCACGAAAUCCCUUGCAUUGCUAUUCCUGCAGCUCAGCCGACCAGACCUGCUACAACUCCAGCCAUAUGCAGAUGCGCUGUGCGCGGCCAGAGGAGAAGUGCAUAGACAUCACGUCCUUAACUGUGACAGAAGAGUUUCCACGGGAUGAACAGCGCAUCAAGGGCUGUGGCUCGCUUACCCACUGCCAGGAGCCUCUGGGCUUCCACAACCAUAACAGUUUCCAUCUGAUCAAAUGCUGCGAUUCCAGCCAGUGCAAUGAUGACACGCAAGACUACAAGGAUACCCCACCCCAACCAAAUGGGGUCACGUGUUUCAGUUGUGAGGGGAAUUCCACCCACGGUUGUUCCCCAGAUGACAUCACUAAGGUGCAGUGCCGGGGUGUGAUGACCCAAUGCCUAGAGGCCUCAGGGAUACAUGGCUCUACUGGGCAAAUCUCUGCCGUCAAGGGUUGUGCUUCGCCAUCCUGGUGUGACAGUCAUUACACUUCCGUCUACAAGAACCUGGGUGCUAUUUACAGCCGUUGCUGCACUGGUGACCUCUGCAACAACUGGAUUGUCGACGGGACGCUGAAACCAUCCCCUAGGAGCCAAGCCAGCCGCCGAGUCUCAGCCCAACACACUUUGCUUUCAAUGGGUCUUUUGAUCCUUCUGACCUUUCUCCUCUCUUCAGAGAGCUCCUGAUCUCCACGGCUAAGAUCAGGGCAUAUUCCAGGCCAGGAUGUUCCAGGGUUUUCUCCCCAUUAGAAUGCAGCUGUGAAGAAAACAUGUGACAUAAGAAUGAACCACCUCUGAGCAUACACAGAGUGCCUUUCCCCACACCACUGAGGAACUACAGCCCACUUCUAUAACACAUUGGGGAUUAAGAGGCAGACUUUUCAGGUUCUAAGCAAGCACAAGCUCCAUGACCUUCUGCUGCAAACGCGAGAAAGGGAGAGUCGUCUUUUGUUUGGCUGCUGCUUGAGGGUUUCCCACAGGCCUCUGGUUGGCCACUGUGAGAACAGGAUGCUGGCCUCAAUGGGGCCAUCUUCUUACAUUCUGAUGUCUGGGUAAUAAGUCCCACUGAACAAAGCAAGACUUGCUUCUGAGUACUGGAUCAGGCAGUAAGUUAUUUGUUGAGAAAGGAGUGGAGUGGAGACUAGCGGCUGGGGAAGAGCGAGACUCAGGACUCCUGGGUUCUCUUCUCUGCUCUCUGUGUUGCAAAUUAAGGCAGAGGAGCCAGACACCUCUCCUGACUGGAGAAAUCCUGGUGGCCAUUACUUUUUUUCAUUUAUGAAAACAGAUAUAUGCAAAACAGAAACGUCCCACCUUAUUAUUUAUUCUUUUUGCACUGCUGUGGAGGACUGUUGGACUCUUUCAAGAAACAAGGAUUUGUCCCAUUGGCUAUUUAAGAUCUGGAAGGCGCUUUUGGGAAUCGCUCCUCCAACAUAAGACUGUUCAGAAAACCAGAAGUUCCAUCAGACAUGGUAAAUUGUGCAAGGCACCAUCUAGACGCAACUCCGGUUUGGACUUCCUGAAGUUUGUUAACCACAGGAUGUGGUCACUGCCCUUUAUUUUAUUAUCCUUAUAUAUGUGUGUGUUUGAACAUUAUUUAUCUUAAUAAACUAUUUUUUUAUUAUUUAAAGUAA